AUGGCUUUUGAAACAGUUCAGCCUGAAGGUAACGAUAUUGAAACACAACUAUUACUACCUCAUCCAAAUACUUUUAAUAGCAAUUAUAAACAAAAGAAAGGGUACCAGCGAUAUUUGGAUCGAUUAAGACAUCAUUGUCCCUCUUAUUUUUUUAGAUUCUCAUUCCUUUUUUUCUCCUUUAUUAUUCUUAUUCUCAUAUUUUUUAUCCUUAUAAGAGAAAAGUUUGACAAAAUAAUACCAUCGAAUGAGGCUAUUCAAUCAAAUAUUCUGGAAAUUACAGAAUUUGAUAUAGACCAAAUUCAUAUUGAUGGCUGGAAAAGCAUAAAAAUUGAGUCAAAAAAUAAAUGCAAUUUACCAGAUGGCAGAUAUUUACAAGUAUCAUGUAAAUUACAAACAUAUUUAAACUAUGAUUUAAUAGGUCAAGGUUCAAUCCCGUUUACAGCACAACAAGCUUCAUGGUUUAAGUAUAUUAAUGAAAAUAUUAUACAAACAAUGUGCAUAUCUAUGAAUAAUAUUACUACAUUUAAUCAAAAAACAGAUAGGGAUUCUCCAAACGAUAACAGUGUUAUGUUGGGUUCAUUAUUCAUUUUGGAACCAUUAUGCUUGGAUCUUCAUAAUGGAACCAUAAACCAUUUAAAUUUAACACUGUUGAUUAAGCCAGAAAUUAAAAAUAUUAUAAAAGUGUUAAAGAAAAUCUGGGACCAUGAUUAUUCUGGUUUAAAGUUAUGGUCUAUAGUUGACAUGUCGUUGUCUAAACAAGUACCAUUUAUAAGUCAGUCAAUAACCUUUUGGAAAUUACAUGAUUUUACAGUUAAUUGGGAUAAAAUAAUCGAUUGGACUAAGUUGUUCAAAAACAUUAAAUUUUUUCGUGAAAAUUUUCUUGGAGAUCUUACAUAUGAAGGUAUCGAAAUGGUGGAUACAGUGGACGGGUUCCAUAUUCAAUUGAUUAUUAAACAAAUACUAAAUUAUGAAUGGCUUAAGUUCUUACAAAAGAAGUUUCCAUGGUUGAAUAUUUCCUUUAGAACUGAGUCUAUAUAUAUUCCACCAUUAGCAUGGGAUGUUCGCUUACCUGAUUGUUAUAACAAUUUUACAAUUGAGUUAACCAAUAUCACAUCGUAUUCUGAUAACUAUAAUAUAUCUAAGGAUGUUUUAACAACAAAGAUGAACAUUGAUAUGAUUGGUAGAUUACCAAAUUUUCUAUUGAAAGAACCGUGUGAUGAAAUAAACUUUAUUACUCCGUUAACGAAAUUUUUAAAUCAUUUAUUUAAUGAUACAGAAUCUAUUGAAUUUCAAGUAAACGGUAAAGUCAAAGAUAAUAUUAAUAACGAUGAUAAACUUUCUGACAGCUUGGUGCCAAAUGAUGUUCUAGAGGAUAUUUUUAAUGAAGUAUCGUAUAUAGAAAUAAAACAGAAUAUCACCUAUAAUGUGAGUGAAUCGCUUAAAGAUCUUAUUAUAGAUGAUAUGCAACUAUUUUGGCAAAAUGGUAAAUUAUCUAUUAUAGGUACGGUUAUUGGAUUUAUUGAUUUUUCAUUUUAUCAUACUAAUUUAGAAAGAUUUCAAGUCAAUAGAAUCAAGGGAAAUUUGGAAUUAUAUCAUAAUGAGAAACAUUUUAUUUCUUUACCAAUGGGACAGUGGAUUCCUGCAAUAUCACAAAUUAUACAUGAAAAUAAUGAUGAUACUGAUAAUAAUAUGCAUAGUGUUAAUAAAAAUUCUACUAUAUUAAAAGUUCAAUUUGAUGUUAAUGAUAAUGAUAUGGAGGUACUAGAUAAAUAUGAAUUAUCUAAGUGUUUUAAUGAAAUUCUAUUCAAGGGAGAAACAAAUAUCAAAUUUGAUAGUAUUCUAGAUAUUGAAACUGAGAGUUUAUUAGGUGAAAUUGUGCUAAUGGGACUUGUCACAAAUGGCAAUACACUAGUACAUUAG